CGACACCGCCCACCGCCCACCCGCGUCCACGAUGCCCGCCCUCGCCAACACAACCCGUGCCAUUGCACGUUCAUGGACCGCUCACCAGAUGCCCGUCGCUCGGGCGGCCGGCACCACCGCUCUGCAGACCCGCAACGCCUCGGCUUCCUCGUUCGACAGCCCCUUCAAGGGCGGCCCAGACACGACCAAGAUCCCCUCGUUCGCUGCGUACAGGAAUAAGGGAGGCGAGACAGGCCCCAAGAUGUUCCAGUACUUCAUGGUCGGAACCAUGGGUGCGCUGAGUGCGCUUGGCGCGAAGGCGACUGUCCAGGACUUCCUCGUCAACAUGUCCGCCUCCGCCGACGUUUUGGCCCAGGCCAAGGUAGAAAUCGACCUCGCUGCCAUUCCCGAGGGCAAGAACGUCAUUAUCAAGUGGCGAGGCAAGCCCGUCUUCAUCCGACACCGCACCGAAUCCGAGAUCAAGGAGGCCGACGACACCAAGUGGGAGUCUCUCCGUGACCCCCAGCCCGACAAGGACCGUGUCCAGAAGCCCGAGUGGUUGAUCAUGUUGGGUGUCUGCACCCAUCUGGGAUGUGUCCCCAUUGGUGAGGCUGGUGACUUUGGAGGCUGGUUCUGCCCUUGCCACGGUUCCCACUACGACAUCUCUGGCCGCAUAAGAAAGGGACCUGCCCCGCUCAACCUGGAGAUUCCCGCAUACGACUUCCCUGAGGAGGGCAAGGUCGUCAUUGGUUAAGCAGAACAAUUCUUCAGUGGUGGACAGCGGUGAUGUCAACUUGUGUGUAUAGGAGCGAGCAUCAAUUUCCUACGGUUUGAUUCACAUAGAUUCAGCUUGUGUCCUUGCAAUGUAACACCAGUCAGAGUCAAUCUUGGCCAUCUUUGGUUCUAUUGUUGGGUGGAUGCAUGUAUGAUUCCAUAUCUACUGCCCGUUCAAGAAUGUUUUUACAGCCUCCACAGCGCCCUUGAACUUGUCUGCUUCAAUCAACACCAUGUGUCCCUUGGGCUUAACUCCCAGCUCUUGAAACGCUCUCUUGCUGUCACUCGCGCCCUCAUCCACCGGUGUAUCAUACUCAAAGCUCGUGUAUCCCACGGCAUGUUUGUGCAGUACUUCGUCCUCGGGAUGGAAAUAGAAUGUCU